UCGCCAUCUGGGAGCUUCAGUCUAAAUUUGAUAAGAAGUGCGCGCAACGGUCGCGAUAUUCGCAAUAUUGCAGAACCAGAACUGCAAAGCCGUGGACGUUCUCACAUCUUUUCAUCGCGCCCAUAGCUGACGGAAAGACUGGCUAGCGAACGAGCGCCAGGGCCUAUACUGUCUCGGGGCAAUUGGCGAGACUCAUCCCGCAAGGUGCGAGAGAAGUGUCGUCCGUAACGUGCGUUGUCGUCAGUUAUUUGAUUUUAUACGAGAAUAACUGCGGAUUAACAGAGUGAAGGAAAGCACGGACGAAGCGACAAUUAGCGAGUUUUCCGUCGUGCGUGCGUGCGACACUCGAGUGUGUGCGGAAGCAAAGAAACCAAGGAGAAAAAAAAAAUAAAACGAAGUUAAGUGCGAGUAGGCUGGUUGGUUUGCGCGUGUGCGUACCUGUAUGUGUGUGUGAUAACUGCGUUAUCGUAAGCGCGCCUAAGUGAAGUGGGGGCUAGGGCGCGAAGUGGUGCUUGUGCGAGAGAAGGAAACCGAGUGCAGGUGGGUUGCUGCUCGGUGGGCUCUUUAAUGGAUCCGAAGAUCGGCUGGUAUCAACCGGAGCAGCUCGGCCCGGCCAAAGAUCUUUGGCUACAUAUCUGGGAAACCGGCAAAGAUCUUGACAAUCUCAGCCUCCGACAACAGACACCUCAGGAGAACAACGCCAUUUCGGCUACAACCAUAAACACAACCAACACAAGCACGACGAUGAACAACGUAAAGAACAGCAACAGCGGCUCUCAAGACUUUCUGCCGCUCGAUUCGCGAGGACAAGGCAACAACAUUUAUUACAAUCCGUCCAGGAGGAAAAACGAGAACCGCGCCAGUACCUACGGCAUGAAUUACAAUUACGAGGCUCUCGUUGGUAAUUUUGGCGGUUGUCCUUGGCGCGAGGCAAGGCUACAGUAUUCCAAGGGCGUUGUUGGAUUGCACGAGGAAAUCGAGGACUUUUUUAGGUAUAUGUGUCCUACUCCUGAAGAGCACACACUCAGAGAGAGGGUAAUCAAAAGAAUAGAGAAUGUCAUAUACGAGCUUUGGCCGGAUUCGAAGGUCGAGAUAUUUGGCAGUUUUCGUACUGGAUUGUAUCUACCUACAAGUGAUAUUGAUCUAGUUGUGAUAGGCAUGUGGACAAAUCUUCCACUACACACUCUAGAGCAGGCACUGAUAGAUCACAACAUUGUUGAGCCAUCCUCAGUCAAAGUAUUGGACAGAGCUUCUGUACCAAUUGUCAAACUUACUGACAAAGAGACUGAAAUUAAAGUUGACAUUAGUUUCAACAUGAAUAAUGGUGUCAAAUCCGCUGAAUUAAUCAAAACUUUCAAGGCACAGUAUCCAGCUCUUGAAAAGUUGGUCAUGGUGCUCAAGCAGUUCCUUUUACAAAGGGACCUGAAUGAAGUGUUCACUGGCGGCAUUUCUUCUUAUAGUUUGAUUCUCAUGACUAUUAGCUUUUUACAGUUGCAUCCAAGGGCCAACAUCAACAGUCCAGAUGUCAAUUUAGGAGUAUUAUUAAUAGAGUUUCUAGAAUUAUAUGGUAGAAAGUUUAAUUAUGUAAAGACUGGCAUUCGGGUCAAGGGUGGUGGUACUUACAUAUCAAAAGAAGAGGUUCAGAAAGAUAUGAUUGAUGGACACAGACCAUCUCUGCUCUGUAUAGAAGAUCCUCUGACACCUGGUAAUGAUAUUGGUCGUAGCAGUUAUGGUGCCCUGUAUGUCAAAGAUGCUUUUGACUGGGCCUAUUUUGUACUUUCACAAGCUGUCAAUCCUCUCAAUAUUCUAGUCAAUGAUACAAACAAAUUCAGUAUAUUGGGAAGAAUAAUCAGAGUAACAGACGAAGUAAUAAAGUACCGUAAGUGGAUUAAAGAGACAUUCCCCCUUUUAGAAAUUGACUCGUAUUCCAGUUCAACCGGCUCCGAGGCGUCAACGCUAUCAGCUCCAGCUAGCGAAUCGGAAUCUGAGUGCAGUAGAGGAAACUCACCAAACACAGGAGAAAAUAUUGAAGAUAGAAACAGGGAUAGGCAUUUAUAUAACAAUCAACAAACUCAAGGCCACCAUACAUAUAGGAAAACGUACAAGCCCACUUCACAUAUAAGCCACCACAAUAUGCGAGGUGAUUAUCAACGCGGCAUUGCAAACCACACAGGUGGUUACAGGAUAAGAACAAGCAAUCAUCUGAAUAAUAAUAACAACAACAACAAUAAUAAUAUUAGUACGAGCAAUCAAAGUGCAAAUACACGGUCACUUUUGAAGCGCAAGAAGCACAUGAUCAGCAUUCGUGGUCCGCCUGGUGAUUGUGUGCGGUGAUGAAGUGCCGUCAUCCUUCCUUUUUAUUAAGCAAUAUGAAAUUUUUUCUACAAAGCAUUUUUUCCUUCCUCUCUUCUCUGUUGUUAGCGCGAUCGUGCUUGAAUGUUGUUGUUGAAUAUUUCUCUUUUUUUGAUCAUUGUAGACGAAUUGACGACGCGUAGCAUACAAAGUAAUGAGGGAGAGAAAAAUAAGAUGUGUCGCGCGUGCGUUUUUAAAACUGGAUACACUAGCGAAUUGUGUUCAAUCGACGUAAUUCGUCUUUUUCGUGGAGCCUUUAUGUGUUAAGGUCCACGAAGGGAUAUAUCGAUAGUUAACGAUGAAGACUUAGUUUUCUAUAUGAAACUAUAUUCUUAUAAAAAUACGAAGAUAACAAAAAAAACAAAACAAAACAAAAAAAACAAAAAAGCAUGAAAAAACGUACGUUUGAGCGAUAAGGUAUGGUGAUAAAACAGAAUGCUUGCCUAAUUGUAAAUAAUGUAUUAUAAUACUUUACCAAGAUAUCAAGCAUUGAGAGUCUUACACAGUUACCCUAGUGAAGAGUUUUUAUUUGAGUGUAAUUAAAUCAAUGAUGAAAAAAUAUUAUAAAAAAAUAAGGAGGAAGAACAUAAGUCUUAAGAGUAUACGCGAGCGUUUCGUUAUGGACAGCCGUAAUCCAUAAGAUUUGAUUUGUCGCCAAAUACUUUUGAUUUCUUAUUUUCUCCCUAUGAUAACGAAUCCAAUGCUUUCCUCCUGGGUGUACAGAAAUACUUUGUACAAAAGAUAAUGUUGAUGAAUUUGUUCUUUCUUUUCUAGAACAUUAUUACCGAUUUGAGAAGAAAAAAAUCUCGUUUAUAUGUGAAUGUCAGUUUGAAGACUGCAAACUUGCAUGAACAAGCCUAACAAAAAAACUACACGUCAACUCCGCUACGUAUGUAACUUGAUAUACAUUGUACAAAGUUACGGAAGACUGUAAUGCAUAAAGUAUAAGCGGUCUUUGUAAGAUAUCGACUUUAUUUAUAUACAAUAACUGUAUCAUAAUCUCAAGUACAAACAUAUAGUUCAUUACGUUUCAUAAAAAAUAAAAUGACAAAAAAAAAUUAUUACAGCUCGCAAAAAAAGAAAAUACCAAAAAAAUUAAUAUGAAAAACGAAUGUCUCAUUCUAUUCGAUAAAGUAAAAGCUUCCCGCAGUAUUGGUAACAAAUAAUAUAUAUUUCACAUUCUUUUCUUCCUUUCUAGUUUCAAAUUCUAAAACUUUUCAACGAUCGCUGGAAUACUCGACUAUUGCUACUUUUUAUAGAAUUAAUUACUUUUUUCUAAAAAAACCAUCACGACUUAGCAAUAACAAUUAAUCGUGUUUAUAGCUUUUUUAAUAUUUAUGAUUUUUUCCGACUACAGUUAUUUAUUGAAAAAAAUAUUGUACUAUAGAUAUGUAUAAAACGCAGAAAUAAAAUUGUUUUAAUUUUACGUACAAAAAUUUAGUACCUUUCGA